GAAACGACCCAUCUGGUAUUUCCCAGGAUCUCCUGGCUGGCAUGGGAAGCAAAGCAGCAGGCAUCAUACGCAAGUCCCCUUAAGCAAGGUCAUGUGACCAGGACCAUGGCAUAAAAGGUGGUGGCCAAGGUGUGUGUCUCUACUCUAUUGGCAAUGAUGAAGGGGCUGCUGGUCUUGACUGUGCUGUUUGUGGCCAUUUUCGGCAAGGAAACAUUUGAGGGUGACAAGGUCCUUCGAAUCACUGCGAAGGAUGAGGUCCAGCUCGCUCUGCUGAAGGACCUGGCUGAGAUGGAACAUCUCCAGCUGGAUGUGUGGAUGGAGCCCAUUGACCUCUCCACUCCUAUGGACAUCAGAGUUCCCUUCACCAGCCUGCAGACCGUCAAGGCCUUCCUGGAGACUGAAGACAUCCCGUACUCCGUCAUGAUCAAGGACCUACAGGUUAUGUUGGACGAGGAGCAGGACCAGAUGCUGAGUGCACGUGCCGCUGCCCCCAGAACCACCGAUGACUACGACUACUCCAACUACCACGACAUUGCUGAUAUCUAUAGUUUCCAGGACAUGCUUGUGGCUGAGAACCCCAAUCUGGUCAGCAAGAUCGUGAUUGGCCAGAGUUACCAGGGACGCACCCUGAAUGUGCUCAAGUUCAGUACUGGUGGAACCAACAGACCUGGUAUCUGGCUUGACACAGGAAUCCAUUCCAGGGAAUGGAUCACUCAAGCUAGCGGCACCUGGUUCGCCAAGAAGAUUGUGACCGACUACGGACGUGACGCCGCUCUCACUGCCAUCCUGGACAAGAUGGACAUCUUCCUGGAGAUUGUGACUAACCCCGAUGGCUACUACUACACUCACAAUAGUAACCGUAUGUGGCGUAAGACCAGGAAGCCCAACCCUGGCUCUUCCUGUGUUGGAACUGACCCCAACAGGAACUGGGAUGCUGGUUUUGGAGUAGAGCCCGGCUCCAGUGGCAGUCCCUGUUCUGAGACUUACCGCGGACCCGAAGCUCACUCUGAGUCUGAGGUCAAGUCCAUUGUGGACUUUGUAAAGUCUCACGGCAACCUGAAGGCCUUCGUGUCCAUCCAUUCCUACUCCCAGAUGCUCCUCUACCCCUACGGUUACACCAGUACCCCCUGCAAGGACCAGAGCGAACUGCACGACCUGGCCAUGAAGGCAAUCACUGACCUGGCUUCCAUGUACGGAACCUCCUACAGAUACGGCAGCACCAUCAACACCAUCUACCAGGCUAGUGGUAUCACUGUUGACUGGACCUACAACCAGGGCAUCAAGUACUCCUAUACCUUCGAGCUGAGAGACACUGGUCGCUAUGGUUUCAUCCUACCAGCCAAUCAGAUCCUCCCUACUGCCAAGGAGACUUGGCUGGCUCUGAUGGCCAUCAUGGAGCACACCAAGGACAACACCAACUAGAGGAGUGACCAUGACAACCUAAUGGACACUGUGAAUCCACUAAGGUUGUUUACAGGCCACAAACAGAGGAAUAAAUGUCAACUGUUAUACCUGA